AAGCAGAAGUGGAGAUGGCUUUCUUUGCGACCGUGCUCCUUCUCUGUUAUCUGUGUGAAGCAGAGCCCAGUGACGUCUCUCAGCCCGUUUCGGUGCGAACACUGAAGCUCGGAGAAUCGGCGACCAUCGAAUGCUUCUUAAAGAGUGUCAUUUAUAAUAGAGUGUGGUACAAACUGACAGCAGAGAGAAGACUGCAGGUGGUUGCAACUUAUUCUUCUCGCUACAAUUGGAGUGCAGUUGUUGACGAACUGAAACAUCGUUAUUCAGUUCAUUCCAAUGGGAUCAAUAAUCACUUGACCAUAACAGCAGCGUCUUGGGAUGAUGCUGGAACUUACUUCUGUGGAGUUCUGCGGCUGAAUGACAUUCAGUUUGGGUCAGGAACCUUGUUGAUGCUACAAGGCGUGAAGCUGAACCACUCUGUGGUCCAGCCGCCGAAAUCCCAGCCAGCCGGGUCGGAGGACGCCGUGCCUUUCAGCUGUACUUUCCACGCCGCUCAGUGCACGGCAGAGGACACUGGGGUCAUGUGGCUGAAAACCUCUCAGCGUUCCGCGCCAGAAGUCAUUCACGUGUCUCGGAAAGCAGACGACUCCUGUAAGAGGACCGAGCGCGGGGAAACGACCUGCGUGCACAAGCUCCUCGUCAGAGACGUCGACUCCGACGGAGGGGGAACUUACUACUGCGCCCCCACCGUGUGUGGACAGACACAGUUUGGAAAUGUGUCCAUGGUUUUUAACAGUGGCCUGAAUCCAACUGUUGUUGUACUGGUGACGUCAAACAUCAUUUUUGGAAUCACGACUCUCCUCCUGUCCUGGAUGCUUUGUAGAUCCCGGAGGAAAGCUUCUGCUGGGGCCCCUAAAAGAACUUUUGCUGAUCAGACUGCAGAAUCCGUCGUCUAUUCGAGUGUGUCUUCGCCCCACCGAAUCGUCGAUUGCCGAUCGUCCACAGCGACGCACAGCGGUGUGGUUUAUUCUGACACUAGAAGCUGAAGAACAGAACCAUCUUGGACUAAAGACAAAGAAGAAAUACUGAAUAUUGUUGAAUACAUGUCUUUAAAUAAUGUAUUGUAGUAUAAUGUUAGUAGUGAAGCAUAACUGACCAAGAUAGCAACGGAAAAAUCAAGAAUGUCAUAGAGAUGGUGAUAAUUAAAUAUCUGUUAUGCAUUGACUAGUACAGCAAUCGCUAUGGAAACUCUGAACCUGCUUGAACGUGUGUUGCUGUUGAUGUUUUGUAUCAUGUUUGGGUUCUAACACUAUGAUUUAUUUGUGAAAGUCCUAUAAAGUUUUACCAUUGUUGUCUUAAAGCAUCAGACGAGGACAGUGUGAAAAGUGGCCGUGGAGUUGCAAGGCAAUGUAAGGCUGUGGAGGAGACGGCAUGGAUGGGAAGGAACAG